CUGGCUGGGGUGGGCUCGGGCUGGGGGUCUCUCUGUGCUGGGGGUGACAGCAGUCAGGGGUGCAGGGGGAGAUAACGACACCCCAACAAUUAACUAAACUUCCCAUCAAACUUAUCCCGGGAACGAGAGCUGCAACUGGAUCAGCACCGACCGACUGGGUCCAUCUUUGCUUGUGUCUCUUCAACUACUCUCAGACGUGACCGCAGCUGGUGACGACAACAACUGUCUACAAAUAGUAGCCCUGCAGUCUCACUGGGGAGUCCUGAGCGAGAACACACCGACGGGUCACGGGGCACAUCUGGAACUGAGCACGACUGGUCCAGCUGGGAGCUUCAUGGGCACUAACGCUGAGUUCUAAUUGGACCUGGAGAGAUAUCAGAGCUAAGACCUGGGGAGACAUCAGCACUGAGACCUGGGGAGACAUAAGCACUGAGACCUGGGGAGACAUCAGUACUGAGACCUGGGGAGACAUCAGCAUUGAGACCUGGGGAGACAUCAGUACUGAGACCUGGAGAGACAUCAGUACUGAGACCUGGAGAGACAUCAGCAUUGAGACCUGGGGAGACAUCAGCACUGAGACAACUCUCACCAAUGUGGAGAUGUUGAGGAGAUAGUAGAAGGGAGAGCACAAAAUAGUCCCUCUCUGAUCUAAAGGUGAGUGGGGGCUGCAGACUGUAACGGUUACGGAGUCUGUAUGUUGGAGGCACAUGAUUGGAGGAACCAAGCCCACAAAGAAGUCCUGUGGAUCUGCUUGGAGGAACCACCAGGGAGCAUUUUCAGACUGCAGCUGAAGACCUUCCUCUGAUGUGAGGAUCUACUGACCACUUGGGGCUUCACUCUGAUCUCUAUGAGGUUCUAUUGGCCACUGGAGACCUCACUCUGAUCUCUAUGAGGAUCUACUGCCCACUGGCGACCUCACUCUGAUCUCUAUGAGGAUCUAUUGGCCACUGGAGACCUCACUCUGAUCUCUGUAAAGAUCUAUUGGCCACUGGAGACCUCACUCUGAUCUUUAUGAGCAUCUACUGGCCACUGGAGACCUCACUCUGAUCUCUAUGAGGAUCUAUUGGCCACUGGAGACCUCGCCCUGAUCUCUAUGAGGAUAUUUUGGCCACGGGAGACCUCGCUCUGAUCUACAGCAGGAUAUAGAAACCACUGGAGAGGUCAUUUGGUCUACAUGUGGAUAUAGGGACUGCUGAAGGUGAUUCUAAUCCCUAUACGUUCAUACUGACCACUGAGGAAGGCUCAUUUUGGAUCAGUACCACUGAUGUUCUGCUGAGAGACCGCUGGGUCUUUGCCGGGAGCUGUGGGAUUAUAAUACAUUGUGUCUCUUUCAGGCAUUUGCUCUGCUGAUUCUCAGCCCUAAAAAUGGGCGUCAGGACUCUGUUGCUCCUACUCAGCUGUGUAAUCUGUAUAAAUGUGAGGGGGGUGCACCCCACAAACUUCCCCUCCCGCUAUAACCUUUAUACGGGGGGAGCUGCCCCUCAAACCCAAGUGAUGACUGCACAAGGGGUAACUCAGGCACAAAAUGGACUUCGGGCGGCCAGCAGGCACAGGAACUGGUGCGCAUACGUGGUGACUCGGACAGUUAGUUGUAUGGUGGAGGAUGGAGCCGAGGCCUAUGUGAAGCCCGAAUAUCAACCGUGUACCUGGGGGCAGAUUCAGUGCCCACGCUCUGUCAUGUACCGGAGCUACAUGAGACCACGAUACAGAGUGGCCUACAAGACGGUAUCAGACAUGGAGUGGAAGUGCUGUCACGGCUACUCUGGGGACGACUGUAUGGACGGCCCAGCAGGAACCCUGCAAAUUACUACCUCCAAGCCCAGACCCAAGCCUGUGAGGCCAAACCUGUCCGGGUCCAGCGGCGGGAACUCAUUGAGUGGCUCCAGAGGAGAAACUUCGGGGCAAGGGGACUCAGAAAUGGUGAAAAAGCUGGAAGACAAGGUCCAGCAGUUGAGCAGGGAGCUGCAGAGCUUGCAAUCCACCAUGCAAGGGCUGCAUGAGAAGUACCAGUCAGAGAUCCGACUGACCGUGGAGACUGCCCUCAAUGGGAAGCAACUGUCAGACUCGGGUUCAGGGCAGCCUGGCAUGAAGGACACCCUCAAUGACCUACAGAGGCAACUGACUGAGUUGGACAACAGAAUCACCUCUCAGGAGCUUGACAACCUGAAUAAUAAAAACGACAAGCAUUCGGGUGUUACAGACAACACCAUGACCCAGAAGCUCACAGAGCUAAGAGCAGACAUCCUGAAGGAAGUGGAGAGGAGGAUGCAGCAGUCCUGCUCCGCUUGCCUAUCUGGGGUGGAAGGCUUCCGCAACCAGCAGAAUGAGGACAGGGACCGUAUGAAAGGUCUAGAGAAACUCAUCAAUUCCAUAGAUCAAAGGAACAGGGAGGCCGUUGAGAAGAUGCAAGCACAUCUGGUGGAGGUUUCCAAUCGGAUGCCCAAGGACUGCUGCGCUGAUGUGGCCGAUCUCCACAGAAAAGUAGACGACAUGGAAACCAAGUCCGAGACCCUCUCUGGGUCAGUCAUUGCGCUAACUGUGCGUAUGGACAACCAGUUGGGAGGUGGAGACGGUGCAGGAAAUUCUAUAAAGGGCCAAAACUUGAACAACCGCCUAGAAUACAUAGAGGGCAAGAUGAACACCACGCAGAGAAGCCUAGAGGAUCAAUAUUAUCAUUACAGGAACGACAUCCAGAACUACCUGCAGGAAGAAAUUCACAAACUGAGGACUGAUUUGGAAGACCGCAUCAAUAACAAUGAGGAGAAGAUAAAUAUUCUUCUGUCUGAACUAGUGAACAACUCCGCAGACUCAGUAGGUCAGACCAUGACCAACUUGGCGCUGGAUAUAGAGUCCCUCAAGAACAUGCAGGGAAGGAAUGACGGCUUGCUCGACGACAUUGUCCAGGACAUGGAAAAUCUAAAGCAACAGGUAACCGACACCGCCGACAGUUGUGCCGAUCAGUGCAGCAGCGGAAGUUCCGAGGUGAAGAACACCGUCCGUGAAGUAGAGAAGAGAGUCAAGGCCAACGAAGACAAGAUUCAUAGCAUCACUUUGGAGAUCUCAGACCUACGGCUGUCUGGAAACUCAUUACAAGACACUCUUACGGGCUUGGAGGAUGAACUGACAAAUGUCAAGGCCUUAGCAGAAGCCAACGCAGAGUCUCUCAUCAAAAUGUCUUCUGACGUGAGCGAAACAUACGAUUCGGCAAGCAGAGACAUUUCCCAGUAUCAGAACAAGACCAACGGAAAGAUGGUCGACCUAGAGAACAGCAUAAAGUCCCUCACUAGGAUGAUCCAGUUUGAUUACAAGAGUUGUGGGCAGGUAUGUUCCAAUCUGCAGGAGGAGGUUGGGAAACUGAAGGAACAGGUGGCCGAAUGUACGGGCAUUUGCCGUCUCAUCCAGAAGAAAACAGAGGAGGGCAAAGAACAGUCCGGCUCCAAUAAGCCUCUAGAUGGGUUCAGUGUAUUUGGGGGAAGCUCCAACGUUGAUCUCAAAUCGAUGCAAGGAGAGCUAUCCAACAUUAUUGUGUCCUUUAGUUCCAUCAACGACACCAUCAAAGACCUUCAGGAGACAGUUGGGAAGCACCAGACAGACAUCCUUGAGCUGGGCACCACCAAAGACAAAAUAAUCACCGAGAUCAAUAAGAUCCAGGAGGAGGUGACAGAUCACAUAGGGGACAACACAGAGAAGUUCGAUAACGUUCACAAAGAGAUCGAACGGUUCCAGACCACGGUAUUGGAGGAGACACAAGACUGUAGACGUUCUGCCAGUUUCCUGGAGGAGAGGGUCUCCAAGCUGGAGAACAUGUGUGUGAAGCUGGACACGGUGGCAGGGAGCUUGAGCAAGAUCAAGGAGAACCUCAACAAACACGUGUCUGGCCUGUGGAACUGUGUCCAGGAGGUUAAUAGCACCCUGCGCACCCAUAGCGCUUGGUUUGAGAAGCUCCACAGCAGCCAACUGAAUGGAAUCCACAAGAGGAUAAACACCCUGAACAGCUCCGUGUUGGUCCUGUCUUCUGAGUUCCAGAACUUCACCCUCCAAGACUUCAUGGGACCCCCCGGGCUUCCUGGCCCCCCAGGCCCUCAGGGAAAACAAGGAGUUCCAGGUCCACAAGGACCUCCAGGACCCUCAGGAAAAGAUGGUGCCCAAGGCAAACAGGGCCCGGUGGGACCCCCAGGUCUGCGAGGAGAACAAGGUCCAAUAGGGGAGUCGGCCAUUGCCCCAAACAUUGCCUUCUCCGCUGCCCUCACUUACCCCCAGCUGGACCCCGGAACCAUCAUCUUUGAUAAAGUCCUGGUGAAUGAUGGCAACGCCUACGAUCCGACCAGCGGUAUCUUCACGGCUCCGCUGAGUGGCCGAUACUUUAUCAGCGGGAUCCUGACCGGGUACCAGAAUGAGAAGCUGGAGGCGGUGCUGUCCAAGUCCAACACUGGCAUUGCCCGUACGGAUUCUGCCGGCUAUGAGCCCGAGGGCCUGGAGAAGCCCCUUGUGGAGAACAAGACCACGCCAGGCUCGCUGGGCAUCUUCAAUAUCAUUCUGCAGCUGAACGCCGGCGAGACGCUCUGCAUAGACUUGGUGAUGGGCAGAGUCGGGCACUCGGGGGAGCCCCUCACCGUAUUCAGCGCCAUCUUGCUCUAUGAGGAGGAGGAGAUCUAACAGGACGUUGGCCCUGUGCCCUUCUGGGCUGGCACCGUCUCCUCCCUACGGGGCUGGCACCGUCUCCUUCCUACGGGGUUGGCACCGUCUCCUUCCUACGGGGUUGGCACCGUCUCCUUCCUACGGGGCUGGCACCGUCUCCUCCCUACGGGGCUGGCACCGUCUCCUUCCUACGGGGUUGGCACCGUCUCCUUCCUACGGGGCUGGCACCGUCUCCUUCCUACGGGGUUGGCACCGUCUCCUUCCUACGGGGUUGGCACCGUCUCCUUCCUACGGGGCUGGCACCAUCUCCUCCCUACGGGGCUGGCAUCGUCUCCUUCCUACGGGGUUGGCACCGUCUCCUUCCUACGGGGCUGGCACCAUCUCCUUCCUACGGGGCUGGCACCAUCUGCUACGGGGGCGGCACCAGGAAGCCAUUUGUACCAGUGACAUGUUGCCCUUGUAAAUGGCUUUUUUACCUCUGUGUUUUUUUAUUUAAAUUCUAUUUUAUAUCAAUGAGGAGAAACCCCCCCGGAAUGUUCUGCAGGGGGGGCACAGUUACGCGGGCAUAGGAACCCCAUAUCACUACUUAUAUAUCGGCAUCCUACGGCACAUUGGGUACAUACAUGGGGGGACACAAAGUUUUGGGGUAUCAGUUUGGCACACUCACAGCCUGGCACCCAUAUACAUCACUGCUUCUGCUUUGCCCAUUGGGCUCCCACAGACUGAGGCACCGAGGCCCAACACAUUGGUUCUGUACUGUAUGGAGCGACUACGGAGAGACUUCCUGCCCCCCAUCUGGUACCCCCCGAGCAGCCAUUCAUUGUCACUCAGAUGGGGAGGCCCCGCCCUGGGGUAACAUGCAGCCGGGGGUACUGGAUCUACAGACAGAACCCAAGUGGGUCAUACAGGCUCCCAACAGGAACACUGGGCCAGGGCUUGGGAUUUGAUGGGUGCUUGGGUGGCAUUGGGGGGGAUCCAUCAUCCAGAAAGAAACCCAUUCCCAGUGCCAGCCACCCAUCAGGUGCCCACCCAGUGCCCGCCAAUGACUUGGGAUAUCAGCGCAAAAAGCCAUCGGUUUCACCAGAAAUUUGGUUAAAAAAGUGAAUUCAAUGUCCAAUAAUAAAGAGCCCAAUUGUUACACA